AUGGCGAUAGCUCAAGCCUUGGGUCAAGGAGUCGCUUUAGAGGCCAGCGCACCCGAUGACAGAGUUCUGGCUUCUGCUGAUGACACUGAAUUGGUUCCUGUUGAUUCGUUGCGAGUUGUUCCGGUUGGUGAUCCUUCGCCAAGCCAUCAAUUGACUUCUCACGACUUGGGGGUUCCCUCAUUCUUCUCCAACCUCCAGGCGUUGGUUGAUGAGAUGUCUAGUCGGCUGAAGUUGCAUGGUGCCUCUAUCCCAGAAGGAGCUUUGUCUCUAGCGCAUUGGAAUCCAGUGCUGCUUCAGCGGCGUGUAUCUGAUUUGGAGGUGGCAAAUGCCGAUAUGGCUCGGCGGUACUCUGAUCUUGAAGAAAAAUAUUCUCAAGGUCAGACUGAACUGGCCCGGCGGUGCUCUGAUCUUGAAGAAAAAUAUUCUCAAGGUCAGACUGAACUGGCCCGGGUUUCUGCUUCUCUGAAUGAUGCUAACACGCUAAACUCUACUCUCCAUGCUCAGCUCGACUCUGAAAAGGAGGAAAAGCGUGCCCUCGCCACUUCUCGUGACAACCUUAACAAGCUAUACCGCGACGCCAGUAAUUCGUUGACCAUCUUGGAGAGAAAUCAUCGCUUCACCAGGGAGGAGUUAGAUAAUCAUUGUUAUAAGCUGCAAGAGUCCUUGGAUGAUGUGAUUCGCCUUAGGCAGUUGGUGUCGACCAAAGAUGCUGUCAUCAAGGAUCUGCGUGCUUCCAAGAAAUCCAUCGCCCAGGAGCUAGAAACCGCUCGGGUGGCUGUCGAGGCUGCUGAAGAGACUUCUGCUACUCUGAGGGCCCAGCGCGAUAAAGCUAUGGAUAAAGUUAUUUGCGCGGAGUGGAUCUUGAUGAGGAGACCCGGCGUGGUUGUUCCUGACGACAUAGUGGCUGACGUGAAUGCCGCUCCUGAUUCCUCGAGUCGUCCUUCUUCGUCAGUUGCUCCUGAUAAGAACAUUACUAAAUAG